CCCCUGCCCGUGGCCCCGCCCACAAGGUGGGCCCGUUGCCCGUUGGGCGUCGGCGCGGCCUAAGCUGGGCCUGACCGGCCUGAGAGGACGUAAAACCGGGCGGCGGCGGCCUUUCGCGCGUCCCCGUCCGCCGGCAGCGAUGUUGCAGUUGCGGGACUCCGUGGAAGGCUCCGGCGAGGCGGCGCUGAUGGUCCCGGCGGCCGAGGCCGACGUCCCCUUCACUCCUCCGGGCGACCUGCCCUCGUCGUCUUCCCUUCUGCCCAGGCAGACCCUGCGGCCCCUCAGCGUGCACAACCCGACCCGCGGAGGGCGCCUGAAGGAGUACUUCGUCUUCCGGCCAGGAACAAUUGAGCAGGCUGUCAAUGAGAUCCGUGUGGUCGUGAUGCCCACUGAAGACGGAGAAGUGCAAAGUGUAUGGCUACUGACUGAAAUUGAUCACUGGAACAACGAGAAGGAGCGUUUGGUUCUUAUCACUGAUUGGUCCCUUCUGAUCUGUAAAUAUGACUUCAUCAGCCUGCAGUGCCAGCAAGUGACCAGAAUAUCACUUAAUGCAGUUGAUACCAUUUCAAUUGGAGAAUUUGAAUUUCCUCCAAAGUCACUAAAUAAGCGGGAAGGCAUUGGAAUUAGAGUUCAGUGGGAUAAGCAAAGCCGUGCUUCCUUCAUCAAUAGAUGGAACCCGUGGUCCUCGAACGUACCAUAUGCUACUUUUACCGAACAUCCCAUGGCUGAUGCGGACGAGAAGAUCGCCUCUCUUUGCCAACUAGAGAACUUCAAGACGCAAUUGAUCCAAGCUGUGAAGAAGGCCCACAAGGAGUGUCCUCUGCCUGGCAGGGCAAAUGGCGUUCUGGUGCUGGAACGGCCUCUUCUCAUUGAGACCUACCUGGGAUUGAUGUCUUUCAUCAACAACGAGGCCAAGCUCGGCUAUUCAAUGACAAGGGGGAAAAUUGGAUUUUAACAGACACUGGAGACGGCUUGCUUCCCUGCGGAAGAGCAGAGGAGACAUCACUGCCUAGCAGCUCCUUGAGAGAAGAACAUAAGAGAGGAAUGCUGACGGGCUUGGUUAGUUUUAAGCUCACUCGAGAGAAAUCUUGCUUGUCAUAAAAUCUAUGGAUUCUAUUGGCCACUUACUCAGGUGUACCAGUCUGUGUCGUAACCAGAUCUCUUCUUUCCUGCUGCACAUCACCAACCCUCUCACUAAGCCAAUGAAACAUACCGCCAUCCUACACUACCAUAGCUAAGAUCUUUCUCACCUAAGUGUGUCAUAUCUGGAAGCAUGUUCGUUACGUUUUUCCCUUCUGUGAAUACUUUGCUACUGCAAGUCUCAUUUCUAUAUAUUUGAGCUCUGUUUUCGUAUGGUAAAUGCUGCUCUCUGAUUAAAGGGAUGGUUCUGGUCAGUGUAAAAGGGUUACAUGAACUAUCUAGCCAAAUAGAACCUAUUCUGAUUGCAUCCUAGUUAACCUCUGAAUUUGAUGCUGCAUGUUGUGAAUUGAAAUGGGGUCAAGUGAUUGUAUUUGCCUUGAAGUACCUUACACAGUUCCAGCGCAGACUUGUCUAAUUACGGCUUCUCGUUUGCUGCACAAUAGCUGGAAAUUCUCAGUUCAAACAAACCUUGCUACGUGGGAUCAAGUUUUUCUAUUUAAACGAAAGGGAAUUUUUGAUUAGCUUUAUAUUAUUUUUUAACCGAAGUCAAAUUAAUACCACCAAAGCACAAGUUUAACAGAUGGCCACGGGAGAGCCUGUAGAAUUACUUAAAUUUGUACCUGUAUUAAAGUGAAGUAACUCAAAUGGUGUUGUACUCUAUUACAUAAACACCCUUUGGCAGGGAUAUGUACACAAGGCCAAAUGGGACUUAUGCCUGUGUGUUUUCAAGCUAUUCCUUUUGGGAGCAGUUCCCCCACAACCUUCAAAAACAUCCCACGGGUGAUAGGAGCCUCUCUAGAGGAAUAUUCCGUGCAGGGUAUAUCAUCAGGUGGUGGGGGAAUGCAUCUUCCCACUUGGCCCGCAUGAGUCGUGUUGGAUCCCUGCCUGUGCCCUAAGUCUGCUCGUUAAAUCUUUCUAUAACCAAUCAGGCUGCCACUUUACUGAAAAAAUAUGUGUAAUAGUGAGUUACUGCCGACAGUGGUUCUGGUAAACAUACUUUAUGCAAAAUGAAAAUAGUGCUGGAAUGGAAUGGUUCCCAAGUCCUUUUGUGUUAAGCUAUGUACGUUCAAACUUAUUAAACUUGUUAGUAAAUGUGAAUCUUAAAA